GGAAGAAAGAAAACGCGAUUAUAAAAGCCACAUACCAACCAACAAAACCAUCUCUGUUCCUUCUUUCACCUAAACCCCAAAAAUGGAUUCCGUUACACCACCUCCACCGUCGCCGGAGCUUGACCUCGACAACCUAAAAGCACUUCAAGUCCUCGGCAAAGGUGCCAUGGGCACCGUCUUCCUCGUCCAAGACACCGCAACAACCACCACCUUCGCUCUAAAAGUUGUUGAUAAAACCUCCCUCCAAGCCAAACGCGACGCCGACCGCCGCGCCCGUUGGGAAAUCGAGGUUCUCUCCACGCUCUCCCACCCCUUCCUCCCUUCCCUCCUCGGCACAUUUGAGUCCGACCAAAUCCUAGCGUGGGCCCUACCUUACUGCUCCGGUGGUGACCUCAACGUCCUCCGUUACCGCCAAAACGACCGCGUUUUCUCGCCCUGCGUUAUCCGCUUCUACCUCGCCGAGAUUCUCUGCGCCAUCGAUCACCUCCAUUCCACCGGCAUCGCCUACCGCGAUCUCAAACCGGAAAAUGUCCUCAUCCAACACUCCGGCCAUGUCACCCUCACCGACUUCGACCUCUCCCGCAAACUCGCCUUCAGAACCACCGUGGAUUGUUCAAAAACCUUGCCAGAUUCGAAGCUUCCAGAGCCUCAACGGAAAAAGCAUCACCACCACCGCCGGAACUUCUCCCGCUGGAUCCCCCUCCUCCCGACGGACGUUAAGCAUCCGAAGAAUCCUCUGAAGAAGGCGAAGUCCGCCAGAGUCAGCCCGGUGAGCCGCCGGAAGCUAAGCUUCUCCAACGGCGAGCGGUCCAACUCGUUCGUCGGAACCGAGGAAUAUGUCUCGCCGGAGGUGGUCCGCGGCGACGGACACGAGUUCGCCGUCGACUGGUGGGCCCUCGGGAUUCUGGCCUAUGAGAUGCUAUACGGCAAAACGCCGUUCAAGGGGAAGAAUCGCAAGGAGACGUUCCGGAACGUGCUGACGAAACCGCCGGAGUUCGUCGGGAAACGUUCGCCAUUAACGGACCUGAUCGAGAUGCUUUUGGAGAAGGAACCUACAAAGAGGUUGGGUUACACGCGCGGUGCGUCGGAGAUUAAGGAGCACGAGUUCUUCAGAGGAAUGCAGUGGGAGUUUUUGACGGAGGUUGUGCGGCCGCCGUAUAUUCCGGCGAGGGAUGACGGCGACGGGGAAUCGACGGAGGAAUUAGUCGCCGGAAAUGGUGGCGUGGAUAUUAGAGAUUACUUCCAGAACUCGAAACCACCGCCGUCGUCGACGCCGCCUUCGCCGUUACCGUCACCGUCUUGUAAAUUUAGGAGCAAAAGCACUGUUUCUCUAACAGAAUUCUAACGCACGUGUGAGCGUUUGGUCACACGUGUAAGAGUUAGUUAUUCGUUUUAGCAUCGUUGUAACUGUUGUUAUUUCUGUGCAAAUAGAAUAACGGUAGAUUAUGGAAAA